UAAUUCCAGUACGUAAGAUUAACGCAGUUAUCGCCCUUAGACGGAAGGUGGCGCUAUCGUCGACCGCCAUUACGGUGCUGACAGUCUACAUUCGAUUGAUACGAUGCCGUACGAAAAAGGAGGUGGGAGACAUUGUGUUGUCUUCAACUGUACCAAUAAUCAGAGAAAGUUGUAUAGAUGGAAGAUGGAGGAAUGCUCUGAUCACGGGAAAAGACACGAAGAUUGUCCUUGCCAAGCGCCUUUCAGGAUGUUUUGCAUUCCAGCGCAAGUAGAUACCAGAUUGCGAUGGCUCAAAGCUAUCAAUAGAAAGGAUUAUCAACCUGGAAAAAAGGACCAAGUAUAUCUAUUAUGUCGCAAUUUAUCAGUUAUCGUCUUUUAAUUUUUAAAUUGAUCUUAUUAAUUUCAUAUCUGAAUGACAUCGUCGAUGAUAACAGCUGAAUAUGCAACUGAAUAUGCAAUAUAUGCUGACCAUAUAUAUCUACACAUGUACAUGUAUACACAUGUAUAAAUACCACAUGUGUUCUUUUAUUAUAUAUGUAGACGUAUAAGGUAUUCAUUAACAUACAUGUUUAUGUAUAAAUAUGAUAUAUGACUGUGCAUCUUUACAGUUUUCAUCAGGGUUAAUUAUAAUUUUAUCUUUUAAUGCUAACAGGUCUGUUCAAUUCAUUUCCUUGAUGGGUGUCCAACCAAACUGAACCCUGACCCACAAUUACAUAUGGGAUAUCACAAAGAGGUUAGGGUGCAAAAAAUUACAUGUUUGUCAUACAUUUUAGUUUGAAUUUUGUUUAAUCUACUUUCAGAAUGAGAUACUUGCAGUUAAUGUGAUUCACAUAUUACUAUGACUAUUAUUAGAAUAGUUUAGUAUUUUCAAACUGUCAAAUUAAAUAGCAGUUUGAACUUACAUGAAGCUAUUUUGAGUGGUCAUACUUUCACCAGUGAUUGCCUGCUGGCGGGUACAAUGACUGUGUGGGACAUGAUUGAAGUUAACUAUGGAUGCAGGAUCAUCCUCGGGUAUGUAAAAACACAAUAUGUGUUCAGAUAUGUAUGAUAUAUUACUAUGUAUGAUUUUUAAAUAGAUAAAGCAAGGUAGGAGAAAACUGGUAAGGGACGUGUCUAAUCAGGAGGAUCAGCAGGAGCAGGAUGAAGAAAGUGGCCUUAUAUGCAUAGGAGGAGAUGAAGCAGCAGCAGAAGCCACAGACAUGGAAAUCAAUACUCCCUCAGCAGCAACAGCUUCUACCCAGACACCACCUGUUAUUGUUCAUCAGUGUGGGGUGUCUUGUGUUACCUAUCGACCAAAAUCAGAUGCAACAACUCAAACAAUUGAUUCAUUGCAUGACCACUUAUAUUGUCUACAAUUAACAUCUAAUACUGUAGGUACUCAAACAACACGUGAACUUUCAUCUUUCAAAAUUUUGACAGAGAAAGAUUCAGUGUUUUAUACAGGGUUGUCACUGACAGUAUACUCUACUUUAGUAGAUAUAAUGAGGGUACAUGGCAAUGAAUUACCUUAUUUAUUGUCCAUCGAUGAACAAGUUUUGUUAACGUUAGUUAGAUUACGUUUAGGGUUACAGUUCCAAGACUUGGGGAAAAGAUUCGGAAUUUCCCAUCAGCUUGCUAGUAGAAUUUUUAAUUCAUGGAUAAAUAUCCUAGCUGUUCAGUUGAAAGAUUUGAUAAUGUGGUUGCCAAAGGACACAAUUCAAAGAUCUCUACCAACUUCUUUUAGGAACACAUAUCCUAAAACUACAUGUAUCAUAGAUUGUACAGAAGUGUACCUUCAGAGGCCAUUGUCCCUGAAAGCCAGGACUGCAACUUACAGCAGUUACAAGUCGCACAACACAUUAAAAUUUCUUGUUUGUAUUGCACCAAAUGGUUACAUCAUGUUUUUGUCAAAGUGUUAUGGGGGCAGAGCAAGUGAUAGAUUUAUCACUAAAAAAUCAGGGUUUUACAACUAUUUGAAUCCAAAUGAUGAAGUUAUGGCUGACAGGGGAUUCACAAUAGGUGAAGAACUAUUCAGUUUACAUGUUGGGCUUAACAUUCCUUCAUUUUUACGAGGUAGAAAGCAGCUUAGUGAAAAAGAAGUUAUCCAAUCGCGUAGAAUAGCAUCAGUGCGCAUUCAUGUUGAAAGGGCAAUUCGUAGAAUGAAAUCUUACAGAAUUUUGAACAGCAUUAUCUCAAUAAAGUCAGUCAAAAAAAUGAACAAAGUAGUGAAGGUAGUGGGUGCUCUUUGUAAUUUGAGACCUCAGCUUAUUAAAGAUUAGAGGUGCUCAUGCAUAGUGUAGAAUUUUUACAUUGUACUUU